AUGGGCUCUUAUCCUCAAAAUUUUGAAAAUUCUUGCAUUACCAUUGGAGGGAUUUUAGUAGAUAAAUCAUCACUAACCACACUUUUGCCGAACGCAUGGUUAGAUGAUAACAUCAUAAAUGCGUUUUUAUUAAUAAUGCAAAAUCAUGCCAAUAAGGAAGAACUCAAUUUUGCAUUAACGUUUGACUCGUUCUUUUCCACAAAGUUACUAAGUGGUUCCAUCGGUCCCGGAUUUCAGAAAUGGCUUGAUACAGUUCAAGCGUUGGAAUAUGAUGUAUGGCUUAUACCAACAUUUUAUGCAGCCCAUUGGACUCUUUUAGUGGUUAUCCACAGUCACCACAGGUUUCUGUAUUUGGAUUCGCUCCACGGAAAUCCACCGAAAUGUCUAAUAGAUGGAGUGUGCACCAUUAUCGAAAUGAACCGUUUGGCACGUGCGAAAAAAAUAACACGAUGGAACACAUGGUCCGUAAGUGUCCCAACCGAUAUUCCAUCGCAAUUGAAUAGUACUACUGGUUCCCAUGAUUCUCGAUUUAAUCCCAUAACUCGAGACGAGCUGUCGCGCUUGCACGUAAGCGUGUCGAUUUUGCGGCAUUUCGAGGACGGGGUUGACUACUUAGAUUGGGAAGUGGGUGUGCACGGAAUUCGCAUAGAAUUCCACAAUGAGAAGGGUAAUAAACGGACGGCUACUUACCUGCCCAGCGUAGCUAUGGAGCAAG